AUGACAGUUGACAGUGGGUCAAUAACUCACUCGGGAGUGUACGCAAAGCAUUUAUUGGAAAUUCCGGAAGAUCUUCUGGCGCUCAUUCUUAACCAUGUGUACAGCCUGUGCGUUGGAAAUUGCAAAGGAAGCGAUACAUUUAGGGAUGUCGCCAAGUUUAUUCCGUACAUUUAUGUUUGCCGGCGUUUCGCUCAGUUAAUCUUACCCAAUAUAUGGCGGUACGUGCAAAUAGUGCCAAACACUCGCAACGCUUACAAUCUACACUUCGUUCGAGUCCUGCAGAAAGACAAUCCCACUUUUUCCUACGGAAACUAUUUAAAGACAUUGGUGGUGAAAUUUACCGCACAUUUGGGCGAUGAAAGAUGUAAAAACUUACCAAUAACGUCCUUGUUACGAGUCGUUGCCAAACAUUGUCCUAACAUUAAGCAGAUUACAUUUGAGGCGAGCGUAUCACGUCCGAGUCAAUAUUCCGAGCACACUUUGGGAUACAAUGGUAGCUUUAUAAAUGAACACUUUGAAUGGCAUUUGGAACAAGCGUCGGCGUCACCCUGGCAUCAAUUUCAAUCAUUGUUCGAAACUGCGUUUACGCGAACUUGUCUGACUGAAGUAACACUCGUUUCUGAUUUCGUACUUGUUGACGAUAAAUGCUUAAUAGCACUUGCUCGGCAUAAUCGCAAAAUUCAGACGCUCAGAUUGUUCGGUGACCAGUUCACUAACGACGGGAUAGUGACGGCUGUUGGUUUUAUUGGUGACAGUCUCAAACAGUUAGAAAUUGUCAAUGAGAUUCAUGAAUUUAUUCCUAACGCGCCACUCGUAGAAUUAUGUAUUGAACAAGUAUUGUCUCAUUGUACUAAACUCCAGCAGAUUUAUCUCACGGGAAUAGAAUACAAAUCCGCAGACGAAAUUAUCAAAAAGGAAGAAAAUGAAUCCACCGAUGCGCCAUUAACUAAUGGUUCUAUAAAAUCACCAUCUGAAAAUACAUGUCCACUGGGUGUAAUUCAAACUUGUGAAGUUGAUCAAGUUACUUUGGAACGACUCUUCCAGCACACUAGCAAGCAAACCCUCGUCAAAGUGAACAUUACCAGUUCUUUGGGAAGAAUUAAAUGGCAAAGAUUUUUCGUUUCAUCCAUUUUACCGUUUGCAAGGGAAGGCAUUCUCGAGGAAAUGUCUAUGAUGGUGAAGGGAUGUCGUACUCAUCGUUUCAGUGAAAAUACUCUCGAUGCAAGGAUUAUAAUGAGGAACAUCGGGCAUACUCUUCAGAUUUCAGAAGAUAUCAUAAAUUCGCUGAAGACCAAUUUGCAUUGCUGGGAUGUAUCGGUGGGGAGAAAAGACGAGCAGACCUCAAUUUCGGAACGGGUUGAUUUCGUUGAAGAACGGGUGAAUCUGAUGCCAGCCGAGUUCGAUGUUAUUAGCAGAAAAAUCCUUAUUGAGAAGCAUUGGCGCGGGUUGAUUAACAGACAAGUAGUCGAUUAUUUUAACGACCUAGUAACCAAAGUCGCCUCGCCUGAGGAUGUGAUUCCUGUGCUGUUCACACCAAAGUACCGCCUCGUACAUAUAUAUCGAUAUGGCCUUACGUUCCUAAGCCCAGUAUCAAAUGAAGUCGAUGCGCUCUUGGUUAUUGAGUUUCUUCAUAGGAUAGUGGACAUUCUGCUUGAGUACUUGGGUGACGUUUCGGAAUCAUCGAUAAAGGAUAACUUUGAUGUUGUAUACCAGCUUUUGGAAGAAAUGAUGGACUAUGGUUAUCCGCUGACGACCGAGCCAAAUGCAUUAAAAGAGAUGAUACUUGCACCAACCAUUAUCAAUAAAGUUAUGAGUCAAGUAGCUGGUGUAGCUGGUGUAACUAGUGUAGGUCAUCAUUUGCCAAACGGCAAUUUGUCAACUAUACCUUGGCGUAAGACCGGUGUUAAAUACACUAAUAAUGAAAUUUAUUUUGAUAUUAUUGAAGAAAUCGAUGCCAUUGUCGACAGUAAUGGCUCGAUAGUAUCGUCAGAGACACACGGGUCAAUACAAGCCAAUUGUCGAUUGUCUGGAAUGCCGGAUUUGACUCUAAGUUUUACCAAUCCUCGUGUUUUGGACGACUGCAGUUUCCACCCUUGUGUUAGAUAUAACACAUGGGAGAAGGACAAGCUGUUAUCUUUUAUACCUCCAGAUGGGCAUUUUCAAUUAAUGAGUUACAGAGUCAAUAUUCCUCAGAAUUAUGGCUUGCCCGUAUUCGUAAAGCCACAAAUACAAGUUGGAACGAAUGGAGGAAAAUUUGAUAUAUCAGUAAGUCUCCGCAACACUGGCGGUAAAGCAGUAGAGAACAUGCUUCUUGAGAUUCCUUUGGGCGCGUCUGUUUCCAAUAUGUAUGCGACUUGCAAUAUUGGAUCGUAUAUAUUCGACCCUGCAACUAAGUGUGUACGUUGGGACAUUGGGAAGAUAAAUCCGGUGGGGAGAACCCCACUAUUGUCGGGUGAUUUUAAUACGGCUGAAGGAUCGCCAGAAACUGGUCAUCCCAUCUCAGUACAAUUUACUAUAAACAUGUACCCAGUCUCUGGAUUAAAGGUUGACGCUUUGAAAGUUUACGUUGAAAGCUAUAAACCAUACAAAGGAGUACGGAGCUUAACCAAAGCAGGGAAGUUCCAGAUUAGGACGUAA